AUGUCCACACACCUAGAUUUAGACGGGCUUACAGCGGAUUUGGUAACUGAACAAGAAAGACACAAAGUGGUGGGGGGGAUGGUGUGGGGAGGAGGGGUUACCACUUGUUACCUCCUCGUUAACACAGAUGACCUCAGCACGUGUCAGUACAGCCAACGGGAAAAAUACAAAACAACCCAAGUGUCUAUAUACAAACCAGCGCCUCUUGUAACCAGCUACCUCCAACCACGCAGAGAGGACGACGAACCAUCUGCAAGACAGCCUGUCGGCACAUCACUAUAUAAGUUAAAGUCUGUUUUGUUUUUUAAAAAAGGUGCUAAAACCUCAUACCAUAGAGUUUUGAAGCGGAAACUUGCAGCCCAUUUAAACUGA